AGAUGCAUCAUAAGCUAAAUUGUGAGCCAUAAUAGUGGCACUGAAUUUCUAAAUACAAGAAAUUGCUUAAACAAUUGGUUUAGUAUCUGUAUAUGGGCAAUACUCUGUCCUGCAGUAGGAAGCAUGUCAACUGAAACACCAAUCACACUGAAUAUCGACCCUCAGGAUCUUCAGGUCCAAACAUUCACUGUAGAGAAACUACUGGAGCCUCUUAUAAUCCAGGUUACAACACUUGUAAAUUGUCCCCAGAACCCUUCCAACAGGAAAAAAGGACGUUCAAAAAAAGCCAGAGUCCUUUUAGCUUCUGUGGAGGAAGCAACUUGGAAUUUAUUAGACAAAGGAGAGAAGAUCGCCCAGGAAGCUACAGUUUUAAAGGAUGAGCUUACUGCUGCACUUAAGGAAGUUCGCAAAGAAAGUGAAGCUCUGAAAGUGUCAGCUGAGAGAUUUACUGAUGAUCCCUGUUAUCUCCCAAAAAGGGAGGCAGUCGUUCAAGCCGCUCGUGCCUUACUGGCUGCAGUUACCAGACUCCUUAUCCUCGCAGACAUGAUUGAUGUCAUGUGUCUCUUGCAGCAUGUGUCAGCUUUUCAAAGGACAUUUGAAUCUCUUAAAAAUGUUUCCAACAAAACUGACCUCCAGAAAACCUACCAGAAGCUUGGGAAGGAGCUGGAAAAUUUGGAUUAUUUAGCCUUCAAACGUCAGCAGGAUUUAAAAUCUCCAAAUCAGAGGGAUGAAAUUGCAGGAGCCCGGGCCUCAUUGAAGGAGAACUCUCCGCUCUUGCAUUCAAUUUGUUCAGCUUGUUUGGAGCAUUCUGAUGUUGCUUCCCUUAAAGCUAGCAAGGACACAGUUUGCGAAGAAAUUCAGAAUGCCCUCAAUGUAAUUUCAAAUGCUUCACAAGGCAUCCAGAAUAUGCCAGUCCCACCAGAACCUCAGGGAGCAACCCUGGGAAGUGCCCUUGAUGAGCUAGAGAAUUUAAUUGUCCUGAAUCCACUCACAGUGACUGAGGAGGAAAUAAGACCAUCACUAGAGAAACGCCUUGAAGCCAUUAUCAGUGGGGCUGCUCUGUUGGCUGACUCCUCAUGCACGAGGGACUUCCACCGGGAGCGAAUUAUUGCAGAAUGCAAUGCUAUUCGCCAGGCUCUUCAGGACCUGCUUUCAGAGUACAUGAAUAAUGUAGGUGAUUGGUUUGCUCUCCCAUUCCUAUUCCCUCUCCCCUUGUAUUUUGAGCAUAUGCUGAGAUACCUUUCUGUGUACAAAAUGUGA